GAGGCGGAACAGAAUCCGAAGGAUCAUGCACGUGUCGAGGAUCUUGCUUCUCAUCGUGGCGUUGGCUACACCCGCCGCCGUACACGCGCGCGCCAUGGACGUAGAUGAAUGGCCGUCGACAGAGAGUGAUCACACAAAACUACAGGUUGUGCUUCCCGAGAAACUAAUGAAGAAGGACGGAUAUGCGCACAAGGACGCGUUGUUCGGCUACCCUGCGUAUUCAAUGGGCUCGCUUCAAACGCAACUGGUGUACACUAAAGAGUCCGGCUGCGAGGAGAUCAAGAACGACGCCUGGGAGCCGCCUUUUGCUCUCAUGCUGGACCGUGGAGACUGCCAUUUUGUAGAGAAAGUGCGUCGUGCUCAACACGCCGGCGCACGUGCCGUGCUCAUCGCAGACAACAAGUGUCUGUGUACCGACGUGGAAUGUUUGCGUGAGACCGGCGAUGAUUUCUGCGAAACAGUGCUUCCCUUCAUGGCGGAUGACGAGUCGGGUGGAGAUAUCUCGAUCCCCAGUAUGUUGAUCCGGAAGAGCGACGGUGAUGCUAUCAAGCGCGAGAUCGCACAGAGCAAGGGAGUCAGCAACGUUAUGGUCAAGUUUGACUGGGGUAUUCCUUCUCCUGAUGGCCGUGUGGAGUGGACGCUGUGGCAAAGCGCUUGGGAUGACCAGUCGUUGUCAACGGUAGCCAAUCUGGAGGCGAUGGUUAUUGCGUUGGGUGACCGUGCCUUCUUCACGCCGCACUUCGUGUCCUACAACGGCACUAAAGUAGGCUGCCACGACGAUAGCGACCCCAGCACAUCAGCUUGUGGCAACAUGUGUCUGAACAACGGUCGCUACUGUCUACUGGACCCUUCACCUUUCCAUGACCGUUCAACUGGCGCAUCAGGAGCUGACGUGGUGCUGGAGAACUUGCGUCGCAAGUGUAUCUGGAAAUUGGAGAGCAAGACGGACCCGGGUGUUGGGUUGAAGUGGUGGAAGUAUGUAAAGGCAUCCGGUGAAGCUUGCGGAAAGGAUGAGAACAUGUUCCGUGAGCGAUCAUGUGCUGAUAAGGUUAUGAAGAAGCUGGGUAUCGACAUCAAGGCCGUCGAGGAGUGCAUGCAGCCCUAUGGUGUUAAUGUGGACGAAGUGAACCCAUUGCUUGAGGAGGAACUCAAGGAACAGACGGCUCUUCAGCUUCUGCGGCUACCAGCGCUGUACGUGGAUGGAGUUCACGCUCGUGGUCGCGUGGAUCCCACUAGUAUUUUGGGAAUGGUAUGCGCCGGAUACGGUGUUCACGACCCGCCUGAAGUCUGCUCAUGUGCUAGCCAGUCGUCAGUGGGUCUGUUGGACUGUGUUAAGGUGGGAAGUCUCGCGAAUGCUGCAGCAAUUACGGGCAACGGCGGCUACUCCUUCACGUCGCUUGUGGUUGUGCUACUUGCAUUCGUGGGCAUCGUGGCUGCGGGUGGCUUUGUGUACUGGCGCCGUACUCAGCGCCACAUGCGUGACCAGGUGCGCAGCAUUUUGGCCGAGUACAUGCCGCUUGAGGAUCAGACUAUGGACGAUGAAUAUGAUUUGGAAGAUGAGAGAUCACGAAUGCUGCAUCCGGCAGAACGUGCUGCUGCUAAGAGUCCCCGCGGCUACAUGCCUUCGCGCGGCUUUCUAGAGGAAGACGAAGAGGAGGGCAUGUAGAUAUGCAUUCAGCCAGAGAACGUUGCAGGGCAUGCUUUGCUGUCUACCGUUCAUUGAUCCUUCUGUCCGGGAAAUUUAUCAGCAAAAGAAAAAGAGAGAAGACAAGAAUUAGCGUGGAAAGAACACGGUGUUUUGCGGAUACAACAGGUAGUAUCAGUAGCUUUGGUCGCUUUUCAUGCCUGAAUUCGUUUGCGUGUCAUACAUUGUCUUACUUCGUUCUAGAA